UUGUCACACGUAGCCGCGGUACGCUGCCACUUUCUGCUGAUCGGAUCGUCGAUACAAGCAACCGCCUUGUCGGGGCAACUGUUUAUAGCAUUACACGUUUCAGUUAUCAAGUUAACCCUUGCAGCUCCAGCUGUUUUUCAGUUUUCGUCAGAUUUCGACAUUUGUUUACGUUUUUCUACUUUGGUUUGAUUGUCUCCGGAAACCCCCAGGUUGGUGAGCGUUUCGGUGGAAUCUGACGGUUUGCGCAGUUUGGAUUUAGAAACUUAUUAGAUUCACGACAAGCAUCAGCCCUUAUCAUGGACAAAAAUCCGGAUACGAAGGUGUCCGGUAGCAAGCCGGACGGUGAGAAAGACACAGUGCGGUCUGCCAUCCCUUUUCCCGGAACGUCAGAGCCCGAUCCUCCCCCUCCUCCAACGGCUCACAAAGCGGAGGGUCACAAAGCUCAUCCCAACGACGACUGGGGCAUCGAAACCGAUCCCGAUGCAAAAUGGCAUCCCAUGACACGAAGAGAAGAUUGAGUUGUUUAGUUUGACAAUUAAUUUUCUGAUGGCUUCGGGAGACAACUCCACCUUGUUUAACGAUAGUCUCCCGUACACAGUUCCUGAAGAAUAUAAGAACGGAGUGUACUUGGAUUACAAUGCAACAACUCCUCUUCAUCCCGAAGUUAUCGACACGAUGGCGAGCGCUAUGCGCAAGCUGUGGCGGAAUCCCAGCAGCACGUACUCGGAACGUGUGCGUGAUGCAAUAAGCAAAGCACGAGCACAGACAUCUGAUGUCAUCGGAGCCAAACCUGAAGAAAUUAUUUUUACUUCUUCUGGGACCGAAGCGAAUAACUGGAUACUGGAGGCGAUUGUCAGUUGGGCAUCGGAACUUCGCGGCCUUGCAGAAGGGAAACCCUGCAUCGUCACUUCGGACAUCGAACACGAUGCCGUUAGUAAAAAGGUGCUGGCUCUCCAGGCGAAAGGAUUAUGUGAUGUUAAAAUGGUAUCCGGAGCGCAAGGAGGGCGAGUCAAUGUCAGAGACGUUGUGGACAACUGUAGUGAAAAUACCUGCUUGAUUUCCAUAAUGUUGGCCAACAACGAGACGGGUGUGAUACAGCCUGUGGCAGAAAUCGGACAAGAAUUAAUCAGGAUUAAUAUCGAACGAACUGAAAAGGGUUUGAAACCGAUUUUAUUCCAUACGGAUGCCGCCCAAGCUGUCGGGAAAAUAGCGUGCGAUGUCACCAAACUGAACGUGGAUUUUUUGACGAUUGUUGGACAUAAAUUUUAUGGGCCACGGAUUGGUGCCGUGUAUUGCCGUUCGGAAUACAUGUCCAUUUUGAAGAAGCAUCCAUUUUUGUGGGGUGGAGGCCAAGAGCGUGGAUAUCGACCAAGCACGGAGAAUACCGUCGACAUAGUCGGACUGGGACAGGCUUGUGAAGUUGUACAACGAAAUCUCUCUGAUUGGGCUUCACAUUUCUACAAAACCGGCUCCUAUUUAAAAGAUUCACUGAUUGAAACGUUUGGAAAGAAUCUCGAUUUUAAUUUUCCUGUAUUGAGCGAAUUUUUAUUACCAAACACAUUCAGUGUUCACUUUGUUGGUAAAGAACGGGAAGGUUUUAAGGUCUUGAACCAGGCUGAAUACUUGCAAGCGAGCACUGGAGCGGCAUGCCACAGCGGAAAGACAACUGUUUCCAUUGUUUUGCUCCACAGCGGUCUAUCAAAAGAAGCUGCCAAAAACACAAUUCGAUUGAGCAUCGGAAGGACCACAACCAAGGAGGAAAUUGAUAUAACCAUAAAAGAUUUAUAUCAAGCGGUACAAAAACUAACAGGAAUAUUUCUGUGAAAAAGUUGUGCUUGUACAAAAAUCGGCGGAGACCGUGGAAAGCUUGAUUAGUUGAUGGAUUCAUUGGGCUCGAUAGUAUUCUUUCGUGGCGGCAAUCUCUCUGAAUGUGUCGUAAUUCCGUAAACUGCAAUGAAGCACUACUGAAAAUACUACCAUUGUGCGCUAUCUCACCAGUGUGUUUCCUGUACUUCUCUCAUUGAGCCCUUCGCCAAAUGUUCGAUACGUCAAGACGAAGGAGAUCGUCAGGAGUAUCCUGAUGAUAAUCCCAAUGGAGCCUCCAAUGAAUACACAGUACUGCAGCGAUCGACUGGUGUAGUCGUAAUCUGUUUUGAGAAUGUCAGCGGAAUCAUAAAUCUUGUAAAUUAUGUAAGCUGGUUCCAGAACGGAUGUGCCCAUAACGAUCCAUGAAAGAGGCUUGAUUUCAUAUCGCAGCUAGAAGUGGAAUUGAUAUUAUCGUAUGCGAAUCGCAAAAUCAAAAGACACUGAGUGUCUCGCGAAUGUAUUAUCUUACACUGAUUAGAACUGCAGCAAGCCACAUCACCGCAAUCACCAGUCCGGUUAUCAAAAUUCCAAGCUCACGGUCGCUCAGAUGAAAUUCGAAACCAUUUCGAAGGAUCAAUACUACCAUCGUAAUCUGUUCAAGAAAAAAUGAAUCAGUACGUUCAUUUUCACGGUAUCAUGAUUACCGUUGCAAAGGUCAGAUAUGAUAAGCCUGACAUAGGAUCCUUACUUGGAAUUCGAGGUCGAACGUGAGGAGCGAUUGCGUAAAGAAAUGCAACUUGCAUUUUUUCUGGAUCACCUGUACAAUACGAAAUUCGGUAUUGAACGAUACCGCAUGUUAUUUCGGUUUUGACGAUUGAAUCGAAAGAAAAGAUCGGAUCAAGUAGUAGAAACCAUGCUUAUUGCUUAUAAUUUCACAAAAAAACAUCAAUCGGUACUAGUAUAUCAAAAUGCCGGUUCGGGAUUGGGCUUUGUACCUCGUCGUACGUUUUGACUACGCGACAGGCAAAUCUUCCUUCACGAAGAAAUUUUGCGGCAAUCCAGCAGCCCA